AACUGCAGUUCAAUAUUCAUAAUAUUACUGGAUUGAUACAAGAUGAAUAGGCUGUUCAUAGUGUUAACUUUUGUUGGAAUUGUUUCGUUGUACAACUUUCAGGGUGAUGCCGCAUUGAUAGAUGAUUUGAGACAGAUAAUUCAAAAUACAGUUGAUGUCAUAGAAGCUAUUAAAACACUGGAAGCUCACUUAAAAACUUCCAAUCCGGACAAAUCGCUUCUAACUAAAGAUAUCAAACAAAUUACGGAUUUGAUUGAUAAACUAAAUGGUUCGCCAUUUGAAAAAUUGAAACAUCACUUCAAGUCACAAUUAAAAGACUUAAAAUCAGGAAUAAACAGCUCUUCAAGUAAAAAGUUCGAGAAAGCAGUAGCUAACACAUUAAAGUCUGUUUCAUCGUUUUUAGAGAAGAAGGUCAAAUAAGAAAUUCCUAUAUUACAUCCAUAUAUACAAAAUUAUGACAAAUUUAAAUUUAAAGAGUAGUAUGUUUCAAGUAUAUCGUUUUGUCUUUUAUAUAGAACACAGUUAAUUGUAUAUGUUAUUUAAAACAGAAUACUAUGCUGUAUAAUUUCUUUAUAUAAAAUAAAAGAACAGUAAAGAUUUGUCUAACUUUCCCGUCUGUUAAGUGAUUUUAUUUUAAAAAUGACUUUUAUAUUUUUAAUCAUACACUAUUAAUUAAUAAACAAAUUGUCUUUGGCGCUAUCUAUUAUAAACAUUCAUCAUAGAAACUUUUUAUAUUGUUAAUUAUUAUAAAAUUUGACACGAUUUCUAUGUUUUUCUUCGUUAUAUAUACAACAACCGGGAAAAAAUGAACAAUUUUCUUCAUCCUUAUAUAUUUAUAUGAGAAAAACCGUACCCCAAUAAGCAUAAUUAGUACUUGGGCACAGUUACAUAAUUUUUUAAAAGUUGUUGCUUUUUCUUAAAAAAUUUUGAUAAAUACUUAAUGAAUUUUGAAACGUGUAGAUUUUCUUCAAACUUGACGUGAAAUUUGUAUCAUACUUUAUAAUAUAAAUCGUUUAUAUUUUGAAAAUCUUU